AUGGUGGCCAGAGCAAAGCGCGGUAGUCGAAACCUUUUCAUCUCGGUCCUCAUCGCCGGACUUGCUGGGCUUGCUGGCCUUGAUUUCGUCACCUUCACGUCGGCAAAGACCUCCACAAGGGCCUCGCCUUUGCGCAGAGCCCAAAGCCAGAAGGGCUCAAAGGCCCCAGCAGGGUCGGUAGUGGAUGCCGAAGAGGUCCUUCCGAUUUCCUUCUCGCUGACUGUGGGAGGCUUUAAUUCCUCCGUUCCGCUCUCAGAUGCCAAAGUUGCAGUCAUCACAGGUGCCUCCACAGGUAUUGGCCUGGCAACUGUGGAGGGCCUGGUGCGAUCCGGCAUGUACAAGUCUAUCAUAAUGGCGGGACGGGAUGCAGACAAGCACGAAAAAGCCAUGGAGAGUCUGCGUGAGAAGGUCGGCACCCUGAAGCAGGCAGUGGAACUCCGAUAUUUGCCCUUGGAACUGGCAUCCUUGAAGUCGGUGCGGGACUUUGCCCAGUCUGUGAAGGAUCAGCAGACGCCGAUACACACGCUCAUUCUGAAUGCCGGCGUCAUGGCACUUCCAGAUCGCAAGGAGACGGAGGACGGCUAUGAGUACCAGUUCGGAGUGAACCAUUUGGGUCACUUCUUGCUGGCCAACCUUCUAAUGGACAAGUUGGCCCAGGGUGGGUCUGCGGCUGAUCCUGCUCGUGUGAUCUCCCUCAGCUCAAGCGCUCACCAGAUUCCCUCGAAACUCCUGAAGGGCGACCUCGGGGACCUGCAAUCCUAUGAGUAUUCUGCCUGGGGGGCAUAUGGGCAGUCGAAGCUCGCGAACGUCAUGUUCGCGUAUGAGUUGGACCGGCGAUGCCGCGAACGCGGCCUGCCCGUGGUGGCGAACGCAGCCCACCCAGGAGUCGUAAACACAGAGCUGGCCCGGUACAUGGGCGCCGGCCCGGCUUCCCAGCUAAUGGCACCUUUUGCGCCCCUGAAGGAUGUGGCCCAGCCACUCCUCAACUACGUACUGAGGUCACCAGAAGAGGGCGCCAAGACAUCUUUGGUGCUGGCGACUCAGUCAGAGGGAAAGCUCUCAGGCCGCUACUGGCAGGAUGGUCGGCCGACGGCCUCUGUGGACUUCGACCCUGCCAGUGACUUGCCAGGACCAGCACUUCAGCUCCUCCCCUUCCGACCCAAGCUCACAUCUUAUGACCCCAAAGUCUGGGCCGACCUUUGGACUGAGAGUGAGCUCCUUGUGGGGCUUCGGCCAGAAGAUGUGACUUGCUUCAGCAAGGCGGACUAA